GGACAAGUGUGUGAUGAUGGCCAUCUAUGACCAUAUCCAUGAUCCAAAGGGAGUUCGGGUUUGCAGCAAGAGGCAGGGGCAUAACGUCGUCCUCACUGCAGACCUCAAUGAAAUCUUUGUCGACAAUUACGACUGCCUUGUCAUACUCGGGGGACUCUCGCCAGAGUUUCUGGUCAUGGAUGAGAAGGUGAUGUCACUUGUGAAGGAAUUCACCAACAAGAAAAAGAUUGUUUCAGGAAUAGGCCAAGGGAAGUUGCUCCCCGUUGCUGCUGGUCUUUUGCAGGGGAAGAGAUGUGCAAGCAACAGUGCAGUGAAGGCUAUUGUGAAGGUGAGUGGUGGGUUGGUGGAAUCUGUAGAGGCUGUGGCUAAUGGGGAGCUGCUUAUUGCAAGCGGAUGGCCUGCGCUUUCACAUCAGAGGUUGAAGGAGCAGGGUGGGGGCGAAGUUGUAGGAAAGGGGUUGGAGGAGGAGGAAGAAGAAGAAGGAGGAGGGUAA